AUGUUCUAUUCGGAAUUUACAUUAUGGAUGUUAUUUUUAUCUAAAUCUCUACUUCAAGAGAGUUCGAAAUUCUCCAUUUCUUGCGACAGGGGUGAAAGUUGGCAGUCGUUUUGUAUACUAGGAUCUGGGUCAGAGGGAUUGUUUCACGUGGGGAACAAGAAGUGUAAAAUCGCAAUAAGCGUCCGUCAAUUUCCAGCAUCCAAGCUUCCAAUUAGGUUGCACACAAGGCCUAUAAACCACCGACUUAAACUUUGGCAAAUUAGUAACAAAAUUGGCAGUCAGAAGCAGAGCAAUCCUUUCUCUUGUUAUCAAAUAUUAAGUAUGCAUCUCCAUUUUUCAAUCAACGCCAACAACAACCCUUUAUCAGUCGCCGACUCGUCGACCAUUAAGCAAGAAGGGAAAAGAAGUUAGUCAACUUGCUUGGUGGCUGCCAUUCCACCUUCAAUGUCUGAAGGUCUGAUUCUACCCGCUAAAAUUGUUCCCCUGUGCAAUUUCCAGGGUUUAGACCUCACCACCAUCGUCAUCUUUGUUAAUCACAAUCGUUGACAAAGAAAUUUUCCACCCUCACAUUAGCCGCUAUCACCAGAGCAUAACUUAGCCGAUAUGAAUUUGUUCUUUCUUCAAUCCAGGU